CCGACCCCGGCCGGCAUGAGGUGCCUGGAAUGCACCUCGGCGGCGGCGGGCGGCGCGGAGGAGGAGGAGGCGGACGCGGAGCGGCGGCGCCAGCGCCGGGGGGCGCCGCGCGGGGCUGGCGGCAGCGGCUGCUGCGGGACGCGGGGCGCGAGUGGCUCUGGAGUCCUGGCCGCAGACGAUGAGGUGCAGACGCUGUCGGGCCGCGUGCGGCGGGUCCCGUCCGGGCCCCCUGGCAGCCCCGGCACCCCUGGCUGCGCCGCAGCGGCGAAGGGCCCCGGCACGCCGCAGCCCAAGCCGGCCAGCCUGGGCCGAGGGCGGGGGGCAGCCGCCGCCAUCCUCAGCUUGGGCAACGUGCUCAAUUACUUGGACAGGUACACCGUGGCAGGCGUCCUCCUGGACAUCCAACAGCACUUUGGAGUCAAGGAUCGUGGCGCGGGCUUGCUGCAGUCAGUGUUCAUCUGCAGCUUCAUGGUGGCCGCUCCUAUCUUUGGCUACCUGGGUGACCGCUUCAACAGGAAGGUGAUCCUCAGCUGCGGCAUUUUCUUCUGGUCGGCAGUCACCUUCUCUAGCUCCUUCAUCCCUCAGCAGUAUUUCUGGCUGCUGGUCCUGUCCCGGGGGCUGGUGGGCAUCGGUGAGGCCAGCUAUUCCACCAUCGCACCCACGAUCAUCGGCGACCUCUUCACCAAGAACACACGCACACUUAUGCUGUCUGUCUUCUACUUUGCCAUCCCGCUGGGCAGUGGCCUGGGGUAUAUUACAGGCUCCAGUGUGAAGCAGGCAGCUGGAGACUGGCACUGGGCUCUGCGGGUGUCUCCUGUCCUGGGCAUGAUCACAGGAACACUCAUCCUCAUCCUGGUCCCAGUCACUAAGAGAGGCCACGCAGACCAGCUUGGAGGGCAGCUCAAGGCACGGACCUCAUGGCUCCGAGACAUGAAGGCUUUGAUCAGAAAUCGCAGCUAUGUCUUCUCCUCCCUGGCCACAUCAGCCGUGUCCUUCGCCACAGGAGCCCUGGGCAUGUGGAUCCCACUCUACCUGCACCGUGCCCAAGUUGUGCAGAAGACAGCAGAGAUGUGCAACAGCCCACCGUGUGGGGCCAAGGACAGCCUCAUCUUUGGGGCCAUCACCUGCUUUACUGGCUUCCUGGGUGUGGUCACGGGUGCAGGGGCCACACGCUGGUGCCGCCUGAGGACCCAGAGGGCCGACCCGCUGGUGUGUGCUGUGGGCAUGCUGGGCUCCUCCAUCUUCAUCUGCCUCAUCUUUGUGGCUGCCAAGAGCAGCAUUGUGGGCGCCUAUAUCUGUAUCUUCAUUGGGGAGACCCUGCUGUUUUCCAAUUGGGCCAUCACGGCAGACAUCCUCAUGUACGUGGUCAUCCCCACACGACGGGCCACCGCGGUGGCCUUACAGAGCUUCACCUCCCACUUGCUGGGGGAUGCUGGAAGCCCCUACCUCAUCGGCUUUAUCUCAGACCUGAUCCGCCAGAGCACCAAGGACUCUCCACUCUGGGAGUUCCUGAGCCUGGGCUAUGCCCUCAUGCUCUGCCCCUUCGUGGUGGUCCUGGGCGGCAUGUUCUUCCUCGCCACCGCCCUCUUCUUCCUCAGUGACCGUGCCAAGGCUGAGCAGCAGGUGAACCAGCUGGUGAUGCCUCCUGCAUCAGUGAAAGUCUGAGGUGGUGCCGCUGGGACAGUGAUGAAGCCUCACCCGUGUUUGUACCUAGACUGGAAAGUGGCCUUGGGCACUUUGGACCUACGGGGCUGUCCCAAAGCUUUCUGUGUGACACACAGCUGGGCACCACCCCACCCUGGCCCAGAACUGCUAAGAGGCCGUGGCUCCAAGAAGCUACGCCUCCAGUUAACAUGGAAAGCUAUGUGUGCUGGAGUCAUACAGUUGGACAGAUUCUCAGUCCUAAAUUGGGGCUGCAGAGUCCCUGGGGCCAAGGGAGAAGACAGUUCCAUAUGGGUAUGUGGGGAGAACCUGGCCUGCCAUCAGCUUCUGUAAUCCUGGGUAACCCCCUGACCUCCCUAGGCUGUGGGGUCCGGGGUCCGGACCUCCCUAUACUGCACGCUGUACGGGGCACUGCCUGUGGCUUUGAGGACCUGGCAGAUCCUGGGACACAGAGAAGAGAUGGUCUAGGUCUCAGGGCCACAGGUCAGGUGCUGAGGCAUCCAAAGGGCCUGGCCCAUAGGGACUGCUGACCUUGAGGACAUCACUCAACCUGGCACACGGAGCAGGACUCAUUUCCUGUGGAAGUAUCUGACAUGGGGUGUGUCUUGGCUUGGCUGGCCCCUGGAGGACGUGUCCCUGCAACCUGGGGCUGUGGGCCACUGCCAGGUCCUGUGUGGGGACCAGCAUCACCCACAGUUCAGGUGAGGUUCCUUCUGGUCCCUACAGCACCUUUACUGACCUUCCUAGUGAACCCAGGAGACAAGCCACGCCCUCUCCCAGGCUGGCCUGCAUUUUGGGAAGGGCCAGGGACUUACUUGUUCCUGGGCCGAGGCAGGAGUCUGAAGGAGGUCCAGCCUCGCUGACUCCUCCCAGCUGACCCAUGGGGUCAGGUCUUCACUUCUUCAACCUCUCCCCAAUCCCUACAUCAGGGCAGCUUCCACCUGCCCCCUGGGAGCACUUAUCCCUUCUCCAUAGUCCCUAAGCAUUUGCUGCAAGGUGGCUCCAGCCCCGGGGUGCUGUGGCCCACAGGAGACCCUCAUGCUUCCUUUGCCUGCCCAUUAGUUACUGGCUGGCUGUGGCUUCAGUGUGUUAGCUAGUGGACUACCCACCCCACCAAGGUCUGGGGCACCCUGGGGGCCAGAUACAGGAGUGGGGUGGAAUCCCUCAAAGACCAGCUGGGCCCCCACCUCACCCCAGCCUCCACUGGGGCCCCAGCAAUGUUUUCUUGUUGUACAAGAACCAGGUCCAAGUGUUGCCUCCUCUUCCUUCCGGAAGCCAAACCGCUCCUUUAUUUUUUAGAGCUGCUGAUUGUGAAUCUCAGAGUCUUAAGAGAGAAGCCAAAUAUAUUCCUUGUAAAUGAAGAAAUAAACCUAUUUAAAUCA